AUGGCUGACCACUCCCUUGAUGCUGUUGCCCAGCUGGGUACAAGUCUCGCGAGUAAACUCAACUUGCACUCUGAAGGAUGUCGCAAGUCUCGCCAGCGACUCCCAAAGCUUGUGUCUCUGAUCAACUCAACUGCUUCGACCAUUCGUCAGAUUCAUGAUCUGAUCCAGCAGAACGACAAGGUCUUCACCGAAGCAUGUGUGAAGGACAUCAACUUGUUUGCUGCCAAAUGCAGGGCUAUCUAUGUUGGAGUUCUAACCCUUAUCGCUAAGAAGACACAAAGCGUCAGUGGAGACAAAGAUAUAAAGACUGUGUCGGCUGAGCAGAUUGAGGAGCUCUUGGCCUGCCUUGCCAACAUGAGUGUUUGGCGAACCGAGGCUUGGAACUGGCUGGAGCCGCGAUUCAAGAUUUGCCAGCAGGAGUUGAAGCAAGUCAAGUUCGAGCUUGUCCUGCGUUAUCUCCUUGGCAGUAUCGCUCGGCUUCAGAUGGAGCGCGUGAUGUACUACAAGUCUUACAACCGAAGACGAGCUGCUUACAACAAGGCACCUUCACCAAAGCCCUCAUUCGACGACGUCAGAAGUGUUUAUUCAACGUCAACGACAAGUACCGCUGUCCUUCCUCCCCGCGUGACAGUGAUCGACGGAGACAGCAUUGAUGAGAAGGCCAAGACUGAAACUGUCGAAACUGAGAAAGAGUCUUCAGAAGUUACCGUUGAGAACACUAUCGAGAAAAAGGAGCCUGACAACUCGUCUCGAAACUGGUUUCAACGUCUCUUCUCUUCUAGUCCCAAAGAGGAUUGGAAGAAUGAAGACAUCAUGGCUUUCGUCCUUGACAUGAGCCACGCAAACAAACUCAUCACGAGACUCGAGCUAGACGACAAGGAACUCAAAGCCAACCUCUCCAAACUAACCUCGAGUCGUCUGUUCAAACGUCGCCCUAAUCUUGUCGAGCAAUACUCAACACUCGAUCAGAGUGUUCGCCAGGAUGUCGACAAUGCCAUCAUUGUCGCAAAGCGCAAGAGCACCCGUGAGAUGACUCUUGUCGCCAUGAUCGCCAAGAAGUCAGACUCGCAGAAGGCAGCUGACAAAGGGUCUGGCUUCCAUUAUGCUCCUGAUCUCAAUGUUACUCUCUACUUCAAGCUGGGUGCUGAGUUUGAACCGAUCUAUCUGGAUGAUGGAGAUAGAAGGCUUGAGUUGCCUUACACAUCUUGUGCCACUUACAAGAUGAUGAGAGAUCUCAUGACUCAAACCAACUGGGCCCCCGGCAUUGCUCAUCAGGUCAUGGCUGGUCGCUACGAUCUCUGCACCCAAGAUGGUCUAGCGGUCAUGCUUGGAACCUGGGACUCAGUCCGUCGUCCCGGCAUGACACUGACCCUCAAGAUGUGGCCACCUCCAGUUCCACCUGGUCCACCUCGGCCCAGAAUGUAUCCACCCCCGCCGCCCAUGGGCUACGUUCCGCCGGUUAAGAAGUAUCGCGAAGAGAUGAAGGAGACCUAUCGUGAGAUGGUCGAGUUGCUCGGCCUCUCGGAAGAGUGUGUCCCGGACCAGGAGACUGUCAAGUCUGGACUGGGGGAUCUUCUGCGUCUGUGGACUGAUGCUAUUGAUCCCCAUACAGAGGAUUGUUCGGACUGUGCAUCGUUCAUGAUGAGCUAUAGCUCUUCCAGCUCUGAGUACAGCGACUGA